AUGCCGCUGGUAGUUCCCAUGCUUAACGAUCCGCAGCCUCUUGCGGCGUUUGGGUCGCUGGCGCAAUCUCAUGAGACAUUGACCAGCGCAAAGGCAACUUUUUUAUCGCUUUUCUCACGCUCUGACGCUAUAAAAUUCUCCUUCUCCCUUGCUUUCCUCGUUGCUGUCCUUGAGCCUGCUUUCCCAGUUCAAUUCAAUAUCGUGCUAUCUUUGCGUCUUCGUUUCUACUAA